GCUGCAUAAAUCAAGAUUCCCAAUUCACAGGUGUCAACGGAGAUGCAUUGCGUUGCUCCGCUAGUCCAGUAGGGAGAUUGUCCUCUCUCACAACCGUAUACAUCCGCCAUCACCCUCUCUCCAUUUAUCUUUCUCUCUCCCCUCUCAUUCUCCUUCUCUCCCUCGAUCUCUUUCUCCUCGCUGAGGCUGCGGCAGAUGCUAAUGUACAGAGCCACACCUUACGACGACGACAUCGCACUUGUUAUCGAGACUGCAGCUGACAUCGACCAUCCUUCAGUCCUUUACAAGCAUCCAGAAUCAUCCAACCAUGCGCGAAUGUAUCUCAGUCCACAUCGGCCAAGCCGGAGUUCAGAUGGGCAAUGCCUGCUGGGAGCUGUAUUGCCUCGAGCAUGGUAUCGGUCCCGAUGGUCAGAUGCCCUCCGAUAAAUCUGUUGGAGGUGGUGAUGACUCCUUCAACACCUUCUUCAGUGAGACUGGAUCUGGGAAGCACGUCCCCCGUGCCGUCUUCGUCGAUCUCGAGCCAACCGUAGUCGAUGAAGUCCGCACUGGUGCUUAUCGACAACUAUUUCAUCCGGAGCAGAUCAUCAAUGGCAAGGAGGAUGCUGCCAACAACUAUGCCCGCGGACACUACACAGUUGGUAAAGAGCUAAUUGAUAGUGUCCUGGAUCGCAUCAGGAAGCUUUCUGACCAAUGCACCGGUCUCCAGGGCUUCCUCAUCUUCCAUAGCUUCGGCGGUGGCACUGGCUCUGGCUUCACCUCCCUGCUGAUGGAACGGCUCUCGGUUGACUACGGCAAGAAGUCCAAGCUUGAGUUCGCCGUUUACCCAGCCCCACAGAUAUCGACUGCCGUUGUAGAGCCAUACAACGCUGUCCUGACGACGCAUACUACUCUGGAGCACUCCGACUGCGCUUUCAUGGUUGACAACGAAGCAAUCUACGACAUUUGUCGUCGGAAUCUGGACAUAGAGCGUCCAACUUACACUAACCUCAAUCGCCUGAUUGGUCAGAUUGUGUCGUCAAUCACUGCUUCUCUGCGAUUCGACGGCGCCCUCAACGUUGAUCUGACAGAAUUCCAGACCAACUUGGUGCCAUAUCCUCGUAUUCAUUUCCCGCUUGCCACUUACGCCCCAGUCAUCUCUGCUGAGAAGGCCUACCACGAGCAGUUGACCGUUGCUGAGAUAACCAACGCUUGCUUUGAGCCAUGCAAUCAGAUGGUAAAGUGCGACCCUAGGCAAGGAAAGUAUAUGGCUUGCUGUCUCCUGUACCGUGGUGAUGUCGUCCCCAAGGAUGUCAACGCCGCCAUUGCCACCAUCAAGACCAAGCGCAACAUCCAGUUUGUCGACUGGUGUCCCACCGGUUUCAAGGUCGGUAUCAACUACCAGCCACCCACCGUCGUUCCCGGUGGUGAUCUUGCCAAGGUUCAACGUGCAGUUUGUAUGUUGUCGAACACGACUGCAAUUGCCGUUGCUUGGGCACGUCUGGACCACAAGUUCGACUUGAUGUACGCCAAACGAGCCUUUGUCCAUUGGUACGUAGGUGAGGGUAUGGAGGAAGGUGAGUUUGCAGAGGCUCGAGAAGAUUUGGCUGCUCUAGAAAAGGACUACGAGGAGGUUGGAGUAGAUUCCAUCCUCCAGGAAGACGAAGAUGCAAACAAAGAAGAGUUCUAGGUGAUAAGAUCACCAGUAUGUAAAUUAUUCAAUCGGGUUCACACCAAGUGAAAGUCACCUGCGUUAUUGUGCAACUUUCUGAAGUAUCUUUCUGAAACAACUUUUAAUGUGGACAUUCGUGUAACAUAAGCUAUGAGUGUGUAAUCCAUGCAGUGUAUCGUUCGUCUUGCUAUAUAUAGUGCAGUCGGUUCGUCUAAUAAGUGGUAUGGAUAUAUUUAAACUUUAUAUGUGUUCAGGUAAUUUUUGAGUGAAGCCUCUCACAAUAUUUGUAUGGACUGUAUAGCGGUGCAAUCAUGAGUGCGGUAACAUUGCUCGGAUCGCGUUUCCUAAAGCUGUUCGUCACUUUUAGAUGCGACAGUGCUAAGUGAGAUACCCUGAUGUUUUACUAUUUUAGGGGGGUAUUUCUUAUCACCCUCAGGAGUGGUUAACUUAAUUGGCAUUCAGAUGGUAAGAAAUUUCAUUUUCAAAGCUCGAAUGUCAACAUUAACUGAUGGAAAUCAAACUUAUUGAAAAUCUGUUUGGCAUCUGACGUCGCUCAUCGUGCGUAAAGUUGUGAUACACUUACGAACCAUAACCAUAUAGUAAUGUUUGACUGGCGUCGGCUCACUUUGCAUAAGUGUGUGCAAUUUCCUCAUCCAAUUAAUCAAAACAAGGGAAGGAGCUCGAUGUAUAGACCAUAGCCACAACUUGUAUUUAUUAAAGGAAUGUUCAGGGCCUCACAAUCAAAGAUGGUUUGAAAAUCAUAACCAUGCACAUAUGAAAUUUGUAUUUGGAUAAAAUGCAAUAUUUCGAUAAAUAUACAAAUUAUAAAACCAAAAUUCCAGAUGGUUAUUCACGAAGGACUAUAGCAACACACCUUUGCUGCUGUAAAAUAUAUAUGCACCGUUUUGUAAUUAAUUGCACUUGUUGGCAAUGGUGUGAAUUACACCCUUGAGCAUGUUGAUGAUUAAGAAAUGUUUUAAUUUUAAUAUUAUGCCAAUUCGUACCAUCUAUUCACCAUUGAGAGUACAAAGUGAAGAUAACUACACACAUAUACAACAAAAACCUUUCAUAUAGUAGGCAGUCAUGCCUAGUGUGGCAUUCGGAGGGUGUAACAUCGAAAUGAUUUUCUUACUGUGACCUUCGUCUUUCGACACGUUCAUAAAGUCAAGACAGGGCGAAAAUUUCACCCCAAAUAGUCAUGAUAAUACAAAGUACAUAAGAAUUAUAAUGACCAAUUGAUGAUCGAAGCUAUUCGUCUUCAUUUACAUGUAUAUAAUACCACGGCAGUUUCACUUGGUUUAACUUUUAUAAUCAAGUAUAGACUUAAAACCUGUCAAUCAUGUAAGGAGAAACUGAAAACCGGAUACAGAGUUAAAAAACAUAGAGAAUACAAACAAAUCAGAGAGAAGAUCAAACACAAUUUUACAUGAUAGAGAAAAUAAGACCUGGAUGAGAGUCGGAGAGGCUGCCUGAUUAUAGAAAAGGCUAACUUAAUAACCACAACCUACAGGUCUUCCUCCCCUAACCUCCCCAAUUCCAUCUAGGUCAGCAUCUGGACCAGGAUCUCCAUCCAGGAUAAUAAUUUAAAAAAAAUUUAAGAAAAUUUAACAACUUGUAUUUUGUGUUUUAUAUUGCUAUAAAUAAUAUUGAGUAUUAUGACGUUAUUGUUGUACAAUAUCGUGAUGUUUAAGUUUUUUUUUUAUUUCAAUAUUUCUAUGUAGGUUCUGUUCUACGCAAAUGAAAAAACAAUCGACAAUUUAUAAGGUUUGUGUGGCAACAAGCUAUUUUAUAAGUCAAACAAUGGCAUAUUCUAGUAGAAUACAUGUAUAUUAUCAAUGCAAAGUAAUAUUUGUACGGGGGAAAUGGAAGACGUUUUGUAAGGGUUAAGAUUAAACAGUAGUGGCUUACAUUUAUAUCCGCAUUAUACAAAAACAGUAUUGUGCUUUAAACACUUGCCAAAGGAAACGAUUGUCGACGCUUUCAGAAUGAGAACAAAAAUAUUGAAAACAAACGAUCAAAAAUGUAUUAUUAUUUUGUUAAAAACAACCGACAUAGGUGGUUGAACAGAUGAAUUUGAUUUUUAUUUGUAGAAAAUAAAUAAAAGCUUUUUUAUGAUUUUA